AUGGAUCAAGCUUGUGCCAGACCAGUGAUCGACAGCAGAAUCACCGGAGGUCAAAGUGCAGCUGCAGGACGUUGGCCGUGGCACGUUGUUUUUAAAAGAUUUGGAUAUUUGUUCUGUCAAGGAUCCCUGAUCACUGAUCAGUGGGUGCUGACUGCUGCCCAGUGCUCAAUAAAUUCCUAUCUCAGUGGUGCAGAGGUGCAACUGGGUGCCAUCAACCAGACUGGUUUCGACCCCAACUUAGUGACUCGGAGAGUAGAAUAUUUCAUCUGCCAUCAAGACCUUACCAACCGCUAUGAGAACGACAUCUGCCUCGUGAAGCUGUCGGCUCCCGUCAACUUUACAGACUACAUCCAGCCAGUCUGCCUAGCUGCAGAAAACAGCACUUUCUAUGAAGGGACUACCAGCUGGGUCACUGGUUUUGGUUACAACAUAUACUGGUCUCAAGCUGACACGCUCCAGGAGGUUGAUGUGCCAAUAGUUGGAAACAACAAGUGCACCUGCUACUUUAAGAGCAGUUACGAUUACUACAGUGCGAACACACCAACAGAAAACCAACUCUGUGCUGGCCAGGAGGAUGGAUUGAAAGAUGCAUUUUAUGGAGACUUGGGGGCUGCACUUGUAACAAAAAAGGACUUCAUCUGGGUCCAGAGUGGUAUUGUAAGUCAAAAUUUCUACUGGCUGCACAGACCGACUAUCUACACCCGUGUGUCCCAGUAUCAGAAAUGGAUCAGCGACAAAGUUACCGGCAUGCAACCAGGCUUCAUUACCUUUAUCUCUCCAGGCAAUGACGUCGAUUUAAAUUACACCUGUCCAACAUCAGCACCUAGCACUACCUUUCACUUUUUCACUGACUAUUUCAGGUUUAAUUCCACUACCCCUACCUCUCCCAAUACUCCUGCAACUACCAUUGACAAGAGCAUUUGGAGCAGUGGUGUAAGCCAGAUCCCCAUCACUCACUUCAUUCCUCUCUCUGUUUUUGUUCUGUUUCUUCAUGUCUUUGUCGGCAAUAGUGGAAUCUAACUCAGCUCAUUUUC